CCCUCAUACACAUAAAAAUAAUGACAUUAAACAGGACUGUGCUCAAUUCUGAGCCUUGGGGAACACCACCGCAGACCAGCUGCCAGCAGCACCAUUCACCACCACUCGCCGGGCCCGGUCACCCAGCCAGAUCUCAACCCACGAAGGGUACACCUGUCCAGGCCGCGGGCUGCCAGCUUUUCCAGGGGACUACGGCGGGGACCGGCGUCAAAAGCAGACGACACGGCCCGGCGCUGCUCUGGGCGCAGCGACAGGGACAGCGGGCAGCGGCCGGGCCCCGCAGUGCGGCUCGGGCUCCGCGGGCCCCGCUUUUCCCGAGAACGGGAAGCGGAAGGGACAGCGCCGCCGUCGGGGCGGGGCCGGGGCAGGGACCGGGGCGGAGCGGGGCCGGGGCGAUGCUGGCGGUGCUGGCCGCCGGCUGGUCCCUGCUGGCCGCCGCCUUCCUGGCGGCGCUGCUGCUGCUCCGGCGGGCCCCGGCGCCGCGGCCCGGUGGCGCUGGCCUGGUGAUCUCCGGCCUCUUCCAGGACCUCAUUCGCUACGGGAAGACGAAGCGCGGGUGCGGGCAGCUCCCUGGCUGGCUGCGGCUCCUGCAGGUGCCCAAGAGGUGGUUUACUCACUUUUAUGUGGUUUCUGUGCUCUGGAAUGGUUUUCUGCUGAUCUGUCUUUUCCGAGCUGAGUUCCUUGGAGAGUCAUUCCCAUCAUGGAUUCAGGACAUGCACCAUGCUCUUGGCAGAGAUUCUCAGAGCAAGGACACGGCAGACAGUGAGCACCUCUCUGCGCUCCUGGUUCUCUUGCUCCUUUGGCUGCAUAGCUGUCGAAGACUUGCAGAAUGCCUCUGGACCAGUGUGUUUUCCAGUGGUGUCAUUCAUAUCGUGCAGUAUUGCUUUGGACUUGGUUACUACAUUGCUGUUGGCUCAACUGUGCUGUGCCAAGUGCCUACUAAUGUCAGGAAUGGAAAAAGGCUUUCUGUGCAGAUCUGCUGGUAUCACAUUCUAGGAGUUAUGAUGUACGUUUGGGCCUCUCUUCACCAACACAGAUGCCUUGCAAUUCUAGCUAAUCUUAGAAAAAGCAGAUCAGGAAAGGUUGUAAGUCUGAGCCACAGCGUACCUUUUGGAGACUGGUUUGAGAGCGUUUCUUGCCCUCAUUAUUUUGCAGAGCUCCUCAUAUAUGUUUCCAUGGCCAUCACACUUGGAAUGCACAAUGUGACAUGGUGGUGUGUAGUGAUGUAUGUUCUUUUUAACCAGGCACUGGCUGCUGUUUUGUGUCAUGAGUUUUAUCAGAAAAACUUCAGCUCCUACCCAAAGCAUCGAAAAGCAUUUGUACCACUUGUUUUUUAGAGAAUUUUUUCUAUGAGUUUUUUUAUUUUCAUGAAAACUGGGAAUAUAAGAGAUUAAUGGUUUAUUAAAACCAAGGUAAAGUCGCACACUUUCUCUAAUUCUACCUCAAAAGCACAUAAUUUUAAUGAUAAUCUCGCCCAGGUGACAAAUUUCUGAGAAAAUGUAAGGUCUCUGCAUAUCAUGCAAGCUAAAAAAGGUUUACUGAAGACCUUAAUUCAAAGUGGAGAGAUGCUAACUGUGUCUUUUCUCUUUUAAAAUUAUAUCUUAUGCAUAAAACACUUGCUGGUGUGUAGCAAGUCCAAAUUCAUAUAUGUGAAAACUAUUGAAAGGAGGGAUGAUUCCCUCCUUUGAACUACUGUAUGUCAUGUCUUAACUAAUAUUUAAGCAUGUUUCUUUCCAAGUCUGUUUCCUUUGAAUCACCUCAGAGGGAGGAAAAUUGUGUAUCUUUCUGUGCUUCCCUGGUGACAAUGAAAACCAGCCUCUCUUUACAACCGUAAGCACAAAAAGCGAUGGAGAACGCUGCGGUGGAGGAGUGACUCAUGCUCAGCAGUGGAGAUAAACAGGCCCGUUCGCUGCAUUGUCUGUUCUGCACCACUGUGGUUUUGUUCAUUGAUGAAGACUGCUUUAUCCCUAAACCGGGAAAUAGUGGAAGGUCCUCUGGCUAAAAAGACAGCAGAAGAGAAUUUGCAGAAAAUUAAUGUUCUUUGUUGUGGUUCUGUUGUCUUUAUAGUGGGUUAUUGGGAGUCCCUCGUGUCCCCUCGUAGAGGGGACAGCUGUGCAGAUGACCAUGACCAUGACUACACUGGUUUCUAAACAGAUAUAAUGAGCUGCCAAGGCAGAGCACACACAGAAAACAGUACCUGACAAGCAUUUCAAAGAAAUUCUUAACUGGGGAGAUAAUGUAACUCAGCACAGGGACUUUUUUUGCACUUAACUGUUGAAUAUUUUGGUCCUUCUCGUGACACAGGUGUGAAUGGUCAGUUUGUGUGAUGAAGUGAUAUGGGUGCUGGUGUUUCUGCAUGUUGUCUACUUACAUGCAUACAUUAUUUUGUAUAUAAGAACUAUUUUUAUUCAAUUAAGUAUAUCUUAUGAAUUGCCUAAUUAAAGGCUUA